UCCUAGGACCCUGUACAGAGCAUAAGCCAAAAUGGAGGAUGCUCCUGCUUUCUGUGGCUUUAAAAACAUUUUUAUUACAAUGUUUGCUACCUUUUUUUUCUUUAAGCUUUUAAUUAAAGUUUUUUUGGCUCUCCUAACCCAUUUCUAUAUCGUCAAAGGAAAUAGGAAAGAAGCAGCUAGGAUAGCAGAAGAGAUCUAUGGUGGAAUUUCAGAUUGCUGGGCUGAUCGAUCCCCACUUCAUGAAGCUGCAGCUCAGGGGCGCUUACUGGCCCUUAAAACUUUAAUUGCACAAGGUGUCAAUGUGAACCUCGUGACAAUUAACCGGGUGUCUUCUCUCCACGAGGCAUGCCUUGGAGGUCACGUGGCCUGUGCCAAAGCCUUGUUGGAAAAUGGUGCACACGUCAAUGGAGUGACAGUUCACGGAGCCACGCCCCUCUUCAAUGCUUGCUGCAGCGGCAGUGCUGCAUGUGUCAAUGUGCUGCUGGAGUUUGGAGCCAAGGCCCAGUUUGAGGUGCACCUGGCCUCGCCCAUCCAUGAGGCAGUGAAGAGAGGUCACAGAGAGUGCAUGGAGAUCCUGCUGGCAAAUAAUGUUAACAUUGACCAUGAGGUGCCUCAGCUUGGAACUCCCCUGUAUGUGGCGUGCACCUACCAGAGGGUAGACUGUGUGAAGAAACUUCUAGAAUUAGGAGCCAGUGUCGACCAUGGCCAGUGGCUGGACACCCCACUCCAUGCUGCAGCAAGGCAGUCCAACGUGGAGGUCAUCCACCUGCUAACCGACUAUGGAGCUAACCUGAAGCGUAGAAAUGCUCAGGGCAAAAGUGCGCUUGAUCUGGCGGCUCCAAAAAGCAGCGUGGAGCAGGCGCUCUUGCUCCGUGAAGGCCCACCUGCUCUUUCGCAGCUCUGCCGCCUGUGUGUCCGGAAGUGUCUCGGUCGAGCAUGUCAUCAAGCCAUCCACAAGCUACGUCUGCCGGAGCCACUUGAACGAUUCCUCCUAUACCAAUAGUCCUAAGUGUCCCUGGGAAGAUACUUGGAAUGACACAGAUUGUUGUCUGCUGUACCUAGAGUACCUAGUGUGGAAGCUCAACAGCUAGACUCUUAGUAUCUUCAAAUGAGCUCAGUUGAAGUAAAUCCCCCAUGAGCUAGAACACUUGAGGAGUGGAAACUCCUGGUUAGUGUAAUGUUCUUAUUAACCAAGGGGCAACUAGAAACUGUUUAGCUUUUAGCUCUUGUUGUUAAAGAAACUUAAAAAAACUGUGAAGUAGAGUGAAAACAAUAGGCUAUUUUUUGAUGAUUCAGGAUCUUCUUGUACCUAAAAGUCAACAUUCUGAAUAUUGUAUAGACACAUAUAAAUUCAGGUGGAUAAGAUUAUAACAAGUGUUAGGUUUUCCAAGAUAUGUUCUUGAUUCAGUUCUUCCCUUCAGCCCUUCCCCAUUUUUUUCUUUCUUUCCUUGAAUUAAUCUUCUAUAAUUUUGAUUUUUUUGUGUAUAUAUAUAUACACACACAC